AUAUAUGAAUAUGUGUACGUGUGAUUGUGGAGUCUAGUGCGCUUGUGUGUAUAUAAGCUCGUUCGGUGGAUCAGUUUGUGUGAUUGUUGUUUGGGUUUUGAGUUUGUAGAUGUGUUGUGGAGAGGGAGAGAGAUAAGGAUGGGAAGGGCACCUUGUUGUGAUAAGAGUAAAGUGAAGAGAGGACCUUGGUCUCCCCAAGAAGAUGAAAUCUUGAAGAAUUAUCUGCAGAAUCAUGGCACUGGGGGGAACUGGAUUUCUUUGCCUCUCAGAGCAGGCCUUAAACGUUGCGGCAAGAGCUGCCGCCUGAGAUGGCUUAAUUAUCUAAGGCCAGACAUUAAGCAUGGCGCUUUUACUCCUGAAGAAGACGGCAUCAUAUAUAAUCUCUAUGGUAUUCUUGGAAGCAGAUGGUCUGUUAUAGCUGCAAGUCUCCCUGGAAGAACAGACAAUGAUGUGAAGAAUCACUGGAACACCAAACUCAAAAAAAAGCUCCAGGCUACAAAAGACUCCUACUUUGCUGCCAUUCAUCAAGCUCCUCAGAGUUCAAAUUCAACUUCAUCGACGAAUCACAAUUUAAAUCCAAACGUCGAAGGUAAUUAUGAUCUCGGGUUUUCAAAUAUCUAUCAAGGCAACUGUUUUCUCCAGGAAGAGCCAUCGAAUGCUGGUGUUAUGCAUUAUACACAAACUGGGAAUAAUGUCCAAGAAUAUUCAAGUGUUUCGGAUUCAUCUACUGCUGUGGACAACAAUGCCUCUGAGUUUCUGAUGGAUUUUGGAUCCGGAUUCGGUUAUGAUCAGAUGAUGAGUGCUGGGAUUUGGAGUAAUGAUCAAGGCCAGGAGACUCUCGGAGAAGCUCUCAUCAAUCUUCCAAGUAAUUCGUAUGCAAAUUCAACCGUGUGUCAAAAUGUCAAUGACCAAUUCUAUGGAAAUUACUAGAAGGAAGACAAAGCUUGUGGCCUAGUAGACUAUACUUAUUAGUUAUCUAGUAUUAUGAAAUUUAGGUAGGAUUAAUUUUCAGAAUCUAGAUGAAUGUCUUUCUUAUUAAUAUGCUGGGAUUUUUU